UAAAAUGUUAAAAUAAAUUUGUAUUGGAAAAGAAGCGCUAAUGAGGAGGCAAUACGUUUAAAAUUCAAUAUAUUGUUUUCUCAGCUUCUAUAAGUCUAAUGCGGGGAUACGCGCACGACAAUUUUUUCAAAUAUAAAAUCACUAUGAAAAAAAAUUGUUUAAAAUCGGUUAUCGGUUAUUAAUUGAGACCUUCGUUUGUCAAUCAGUGGAAAUACUACAAGGACACACUUAAUUAUUUAUUUUAUUUUUUGCAAUGUCCUUCGAAAUAUCCUACAUGAUGAUACGACUCCCAUAUCGUACUCCUAGAUUCGUGGACGGACAGCCUCCCCGACACAGAAGGACACGAUCAAAAUUUGUCUGUGAGCGGGAGUUGUGCAAAGGCCGAACCGACAUUGGCCCACAUCUCGCCGGAUCUGGGAGAUUACAACAUUUACAAGCAGCAAUAACAAAAUCUACACGAGUAUCGAGAGCAUGGGAAAGUCCGACAUCUCUUCCGCCUACAACAAGCAUGUUGACAGAAGAUAUAAUGCAUAUAAGAAAUUAUCCCAACAAUGAAUGGAGAUACAUUCGUGCCAAAGCUCAUAGCUGA